GCGUAGUCUUUUUCCCAAACGAUUUUCUUAACGAAUACGAAAUAAACUGAACACAGUACCCUAAAUGUGCGUUGUUUGUCUUCGGUAGUGCCCAGCAUGUUGAAGUCGAAGCAGUUGCUCCAACAGUUUUCCAAAGAGUACGCUAAGUAUACGCCGACCAAAUUCAAGCUUAAGCGGGCCCUGGUCGUCACCAAGCUGUCCCGCUAUGAGUUCGAGCAGCUGCGCCACCCGGAACUGUCUCCGGAUCAGCUCCAGCAAAAGCUCCGUGACCGGGGCACCGACGUGGAGAUGGUCCUGCAUCUGCACAAGGUGCACAAGGACUUCGAGCGGCGGGUCGUGCAGAGCUUCCAGGACGUCGGCUGCGAGGUGAAGUUGUCCAGCAGACUUGAAUUUAGAAGCUCGUUGAGCAAGGACGUCAUGAGCUGGGCGGACGUCAUCGUGCCGGUGGGCGGCGAUGGCACUUUCCUUCUCUCCGCCGGACGCGCCAGUCCGCUCUUCGCGCUCAGCCAGCAGAAGACGCCGAUCGUGGGCUUCAACUCGGAUCCGCUUCACUCGGAGGGCCGACUCAUGCUGCCCAAGCACUACUCGGACAAUCCGGCCGACGCCGUUUCCCGCAUCAAGAGCGGCGAUUUCAAGUGGAUGCAUCGCUCGAGGGUGCGGACAACGAUGCUAGGUAGCAACGGCAAUAUUCCGGAGCCGACUGACCUUUUCCGGCACACGGAGGUCAAGAUGGAGCAGGUCAGCACCGCACCCGAAAUGCUGGACCAGGACAUGGCCGACAAGUACAAGGCCAAGAUGAAACGUGUGCUUCCUUACUUGGCUUUGAACGAGGUAUUUAUUGGCGAGCAUCUAUCGGCCCGAGUGUCCCACUUGCAACUGGUGCUGGACCACCAGGACGUAGUGAACAAGACCAAAUGCUCCGGACUGUGCGUCAGCACGGGCACGGGCUCAACAUCCUGGCACACCAGCAUCAAUCGCAUCACAAGCCGGGAUGUGGACGACUUGUUGCGCUCCCUGCCCAACGGAAAUUCAAAAAACGUAAUGAUGCUGCGCCAAAAUGCAGAGGAGAUCGCCCAGAGGUACAACCAGGGCCUGCUCUUCGCGCCAGACGAUCCGCGCCUCUGCUAUUCCAUACGGGAGCAAAUUUGCGUGGGCGUGUGGCCUUCGCCAAAGUCUUUUAAGGAGCGCGAUUUUGUGCAGACCGUGUUUGUCAAGUCGCAUUGCAUCGAUGCCAACCUGGUUAUAGAUGGCAGCAUUUCGUUCCCCUUCAACGAUGGCGCCAAGGCUUUGCUAGAGGUUCACCCAGAGGAUGCCCUUCUGACAAUCGCUUUAGACUGAAUCCAGUGAUGCGCCCCUAGUGCCUGGUCAUCUAGCUCUAGCAUGUCUGAAUUUUUGAAAUUAUUUAAGUAAGCAUUUUGCAACUACUUAGCAGUGUAAGCUCAAAAGUUAUUUUGUUAUUUUAUAAAAGUAUAUUUAAACA